UGCAUAUGGGCGGGAAAAUUUCGACGAUGGUCAAUCCCGCCAAGUUUAAUUCGACAUGCCAUGGCAUCCAUAAAUACAUGACUAUGGUUUCUUCUUAACUUCAUGCAUUCACUCAGGACAGUUUAUUUGCGCAUGUUUUACUCCAUAUCCAGAAGCCAUUUCAGAUUCAACCAAGAGUUUUCUAUGAGGUUUUAGGGUUUCUGACAGCUACAGUAGAGGUGGGCUGUUGUGAUUUCUUUAGAAGCAAAUGAGCUUGGAGUUUAUCAAAUUGGUGCUGGAGUAAGAUUGUGGUUGAAGCCGAUUCAGGGUAUCUGAAAAUAUUGAAUAUGAGUGCAGUAAAUGUAACGAAUGUGACGGUGCUGGACAAUCCUGCAGCGUUUCUCAACCCCUUCCAGUUCGAGAUUUCAUAUGAGUGCCUUAUUCCUCUCAAAGAUGACUUGGAGUGGAAAUUGACAUAUGUGGGGUCCGCAGAAGAUGAGAAAUAUGAUCAAGUGCUUGAAAGUGUGCUAGUUGGCCCUGUUAAUGUUGGUAACUAUCGUUUUGUUUUCCAGGCUGACCCAGCUGAUCCUUCCAAGAUUCCCGAAGAGGAUAUUAUUGGUGUCACUGUACUAUUAUUGACAUGUUCUUAUAUGGGGCAAGAGUUCAUCAGAGUUGGAUACUAUGUGAACAAUGAUUAUGUUGAUGAGCAAUUGAGAGAGGAGCCUCCACAAAAAGUGCUUCUUGAUAAAAUACAGAGGAACAUCUUGGCUGAUAAGCCCAGGGUUACUAAGUUUCCAAUUCUUUUCCAUUCUACUGCAGAUGAACAAUCUGCUCUUUCAUCUGAGGCUCUUCUAGCUCCUGAUGCCUGUCUUCUAGGUAAUGAUAACAGUCUUUCCGCCUCUGAUUUAAUGGAAGAGGUGCUACCAGAGGGAAUUGCAAUUUGACCUCCUGGAUGUUUGUGCAUUGAAACUAACUUGGGCUUAAUGGUGGUAGCAUUAUCCUUAAACAGGCUUUUAGCAUAGUUUUAUUCCUCUAAUUUGGUGGGUGUUUUAGUCCAUCUUUGAUGUGUAUAUCGUUGACUUGUUGAAGGAUUCUAGGUGCAGGUGCAUUUUUCUGAUGCUCAUGGUAUAGUCAAGUCAAUAGUUAAUUGUGGCACCUGGAGUUUUAUCAGUUCAAUGUAAAAUUAGUGAUGGUGGUUCCAAAUCUUGUUAGUUGGACCUCCUCUUUCAUUGGUGGUUAUCCUUUGUUUCCUACAUUACAAAUAAAAGUGUUUGCAUUUGGGACUCUA